UGGCCUUGAACACCUCCAGGGAUGGACGGGGAUCCACAGCCCCUCUGGGCAGCCCGUGGCUGCUCACCCUCGCUGCCCACGAGAUACUUUUUUUCUUCCCCACAUGUAGCUUGCAAAGCAUAGAAAAGCGGAUUUCUCCCUGAUUUUCCCCAUCCUCUCCCCUCUCAAUAGAUUGCUGUGAACGGGACACAGCAGGAGGAUGGCGAGCAAGGCAGUGCUGAACGGGGCAGCAGUGAACGGGGCAGCGAUGAAUGGGGCAGCAGUGAACGGGGCAGCGAUGAACGGGGCAGUGAUGAACGGGGCAGCGAUGAAUGGGGCAGCGAUGAACGGGGCAGCGAUGAACGGGGCAGCAAUGAAUGGUCACAGUGAGCACAGGGAUGCGCCAGGACCAAAGUGCCGGGAUGCUCUGCCAGGUAAGCAGAAGGCAGCAGCUGGCAGGGAUGCAGCAGCGAUGCACCUUGAUGGUGCAGCUGGCAGGGAUGUGGCAGCAGUGCAGCCUGGCGGAUCACCCUUGGCGGCAGCUGUCAGGGAUGCAGCGGCAGUGCGCAGCAGCGGCACAGCUGGCAGCAUCGCCGGCGUGUACGUGGAGGCUAUGAAGAAGAUGAUGAGCUUUUAUGAUGCCACCAGAGAGCAUCUGCUGAGCCUGGAGCCGGCGCUGCUUCUCCUCGAGGCGCAGGCGGCCACGGGUGGCAUUGCUGAUGUGGGGCAGAAGUCACACGUGUCCGUGGCAGAGGCCGUGCAGAGGGGGCUGGUGGGGCUGGAGCUGAAGGAGAGGCUGCUGGCUGCCGAGAGAGCAGCUGUUGGCUUCACGGACCCCUACACGGAGGAGCAGAUCCCUCUGUUCCAGGCACUGCAGAAGGAGCUGCUCGGGAGGGAGCAGGGCCUGCGGCUGCUGGAGGCCCAGCUGGCAACCGGGGGCCUCAUCGACCUGGCCACCGGCGGGCGGCUCCGGGCAGAGGCUGCCUGCGAGAAGGGGCUCCUGGAUGAGGAGACGGGGCAGCUCCUGUCUGACGGCAGCGAGGAGAGCAAAGGGUUCCUCGACCCCAACAGCAUGGAGAGGGUCAGCUAUGCGGAGCUGAGGGGGCGAUGCGCGGUGGAUCCGGCCUCGGGGUUCCUCCUCCUGCCCCUGCAGCUCACGUUUGCGGGGCUGGGAGGGCGAGUGAGCAGCACGGAGCUGCGGGACGCCGGCAUCAUCAGCCCCGACGUGCUCAGGGCUCUGCAGGAGGGGAAGCUGUCGGCCCGGGAGGUGGCAGAGGACGACGCGGUGCAGCGGUUCCUGCGCGGCGCAAGGAGCGUGGCCGGAGUGGUUCUGCUCUCCGGGGAGCGGAGGAGCCUUUACCAGGCACUGCGGGAGCACCUCCUGCUGCCCGGCGCUGCGCUGGCGCUGCUGCAGGUGCAAGCCUCCACCGGCAGCCUGAUCGACCCCGUCCAGAACAGGAGCUUCUCCGUGGAUGAGGCUGUCAGGAGCGGCCUCGUCGGCCCGGAGCUGCACGAGAAACUGUCUUCAGCAGAGAGGUCCAUCAGCGGCUACAGGGACCCCUGCACCGGGGAGAUGCUGUCCCUGUUCCAAGCCAUGAGCAAGGGCUUCGUCCCCAGGGACCACGGCCUCCACCUCCUGGAGGCUCAGAUGGCCACGGGCGGUGUCAUCGCUCCGGGUCGGCACCUCCGCGUCCCCGCCGAGACCGCGUGCCGCUGGGGGUACCUGGAUGAGAGCAGCCGGCAGCUCCUCGCCAAUCCCACCGAGGAAUGCAAAGGGUUCUUCCACCCCAGCACCCAGGAGAAGCUGAGCUACGCAGAGCUGCUGGCGCAGUGCGUCACCGACCCCAGCACCGGGCUCCUGCUGCUGCCGCUCGGUGACGGAACCGAAGGAAGGCGCCUCUUCCUCGACCGCAGCACCCAAACGGCUCUGGAGAACACGAAGGUGCCCGUGGCUGUAGGCAAGUUCAAAGGAAAGUCGGUGUCUCUCUGGAAGCUCCUUUUCUCUGACUACAUCCAGAGCGAGCAAAGAGCCGCCCUCGCCCGGCAGUACCUGGAGGGAGCGCUCUCCAUGCAGGAGGUGGCCAAGGCCGUCCGUGCCGCUGUUGAGGAAAUGGCUUCCACGGCCAACAUCACCUUUGAAGGGCUGAGGGGACGCGUGACCGCCGACCAGCUCCUGAGCUCCGAGAUCAUCAACAAGGAUCUGUUCAAGAAACUGAAGGAGGGGGAAACAUCAGCCAAGGAAGUAGUGGGCAUGGACACGGUCAGGAAGUACCUGGAAGGGACGGGGAGCAUUGCUGGGCUGCUGCUUCCCGAAUCGCAGGAGAAGAUCAGCAUCUACCAGGCCAAGAGGAAGGGGCUCCUGAGGCCAGGGACGUCGCUGAUCCUCCUGGAGGCGCAGGCGGCCACCGGCUUCGUCAUCGACCCGGCGGCCAACAAACGUUACUCUGUGGAUGAGGCCUUAAGGGCAAACGUCAUCGGCCCCGACGUCUACGACAAGCUGCUGUCAGCAGAGAAAUGCGUCACCGGGUACCGAGACCCCUGCUCAGGGGACAAGAUCUCCCUCUUCCAGGCCAUGCAGAAGGAGCUGAUCGUCAGGGAGCACGGCAUCCGCCUGCUGGAGGCCCAGAUCGCCACCGGCGGCAUCAUCGACCCCGUGCACAGCCACCGCAUCCCCGUGGAGGCGGCCUACAAGCGCGGCUACCUGGACAAGAAGAUGACCGUCAUCCUGUCCGACCCCAGCGACGACACCAAGGGCUUCUUCGACCCCAACACGGAGGAGAACCUCACCUACCUGCAGCUGAAGGAGAAGUGCGUGACGGAGCCGGGCAGCGGUCUCUGCCUGCUGCCCCUGAACAGCGGGAGGCGGCAGUUCGUGGAUGCUGCCACACGUGAGCUGUUCUGCAGCUCCUGGCUGCCCGUCCGCUUCGGGCGCCUGCGCGGAGAGAGGGUCUCCGUGUGGGAGCUGCUGACCUCCGAGUAUUUCAGCGAGGGGCGGCGCCGGGAGAUCUUCAACCACUACCGGCUGAAGAAGCUCAGCCUGGAGCAGAUCCGGGCCAUGCUGGAGGAGGAGAUGAAGAAGUGGGCCCCCAUCAAGUUCCCGGCCCUGAGGGGCAGUGUCAGCGCGUACCACCUGAUGGAGACGGGCAUCAUUGACAGGACCCUGCUGGAGGAGGUGCUGGAGGGGUCCGUCAGCCCCGAGGAAGUCCUGCGCAUGGACUCGGUCAGAAAAUACCUCUACGGCUCCGGCAGCAUUGGGGGCAUCGUGCUCCAGCCCUCCAACCAGAGGAUGAGCAUCUAUGAGGCCAUGAAACAGAACAUCGUGGUACCCGGAGUCGCCCUACCGCUCCUGGAGGCGCAGGCUGCCACGGGCUUCAUCAUCGACCCUGUGAACAACCAGAAGCUCCGUGUGGAUGAGGCCGUCAAGGAGGGCGUCAUCGGGCCGGAGGUGCACGAGAAGCUGCAGCAAGCAGAAGGGGCAGUGUCGGGCUACAAAGACCCCUUCACGGGCAGGAAGAUACCCCUCUUCCAGGCCAUGAAGAAGGGUCUGAUUGCGGACAAGCAGGCCAUGCAGCUGAUGGAGGUGCAGAUGGCGACCGGAGGCAUCAUCGACCCAACGUGUGGCCACCACGUCCCCAUCGAGGCUGCCCAGAAGCGCGGGUGCCUGGAUGAGGACACAAGCAGAGCCCUUUCUGAGCCCAGCGACAGCAACAGAGCCUUCUGCGUCCCAGACAGCAAGGAGAACGUGAGCUACGCCGAGCUCAUCCAGCGCUGCCAGAAGGACGAGGAGUCUGGCUUCCAUCUGCUGCCUCUGCUGCAGACGGCCGCUCCUGCCUACACGGACGAGCAAAUCCAGCAGCUCUUCCAGGAAACCGUGCUGAAAUCUGUGACCGUCUGCAUCAACGUAGGGCGGUUCAAAGGGCAGACGGUGUCCGUCUGGGACCUCCUCAACUCUGAGUACAUCACGGACAGCAAAAGGAGAGAGCUGGUGCAGAAGUACAAAGAUGAGAAUGCCGAAGCACUGCGAGAAAUCGUAACGAUCGUCACCACAAUUAUCACAGAGACCGAGGCACAAGGCAAGAAGUUUGCAUUCAAAGGUCUGCGGAAAAAGGUGUCUGCCAGUGAUCUCUUCCGGUCCCAGCUGAUAGACAAAAAAACCCUCGACGAGCUCAACCAGGGGAAGAAAACGGUCCAAGAAGUCACCAAAAUGGACUCUGUCCGCAUAUACCUGGAGGGCAGCAAUUUCAUAGCGGGGGUCCUCAUCCAGCCGAGCAAUGAGAAGAUGAGCAUCUACCAGGCCAUGCGGAAGGGCAUCCUGAGGCCGGGCACGGCGCUGGUGCUGCUGGAGGCGCAGGCGGCCACCGGCUUCAUCAUCGACCCGGAGAAAAACAAGAAAUUCUCAGUGGAGGAGGCGCUGAAGGCUGGACUCGUUGGAGUGGAGGUUUAUGAAAAGCUGCUCUCUGCAGAAAGAGCUGUGACGGGCUACGUUGACCCCUACACAAAAGCACCCAUGUCCCUCUUCGAAGCCAUGAACCAAGGGCUGAUCGUGAAGAGCCACGGCGUCCGCCUGCUGGAGGCCCAGAUCGCCACCGGCGGCAUCAUCGACCCCGUGCACAGCCACCGCAUCCCCGUCGAGGUGGCCUACAAGCGCGGGCUGUUCGACGAGGAGAUGAACCGCGUCCUGUCCGACCCCAGCGACGACACCAAGGGCUUCUUCGACCCCAACACGCACGAGAACCUCACCUACAUGCAGCUCCUGGAGCGGUGCGUUCAGGACGCGGAGACGGGGUUGUACAUGCUGCAGGUUGUGCAGGAAGGGGGAAAAUACUUCUACAUUGAUGAGCUGACAAGACAGGUUCUGCAGUCAAAGCCUCUUCAAGUGAAAGUUGGAAGAUUCAAGGACCAAACCGUGUCCGUCUGGGAGAUUCUCUACUCUCACUAUAUCUCUGAGCAGAAAAGAAAAGAACUGUUAAAGCAAUACAAAUGCAAGACUCUUACUCUGGAAGACCUUAUAACUCUCAUCCUCAAAGUAAUUGAGGAAACAGAGCAAAAAGGAGAAGCCCUCAAGGUUAAAGGGCUGCGGGGCGAGGUGUCGGUGUCAGAGCUGUUCAACUCGGAGAUAAUCGACAAGAGGACUCUGGAGCAGCUGCAGGAUGGGAGCCUGACACUUGACAGCCUCACCAAGAAGGACGCAGUCAGAAGGUACCUGGAUGGCACCGGGUGCAUCGCCGGAGUGCUGCUGCCAUCGAGGAAAGAGAGGAUGAGCAUCUACCAGGCACUGGAGAGGGGGCUCCUCUCCGAGCAGUGUGCGCUGGGGCUGCUGGAGGCGCAGGCGGCCACCGGCUUCCUCAUUGACCCAGUCACCAACCAGAAGCUCUCCGUGGACGAGGCCGUCUCAUCCGGGCUGGUGGGCAGGGAGCUGCACGAGAAGCUGCUCUCUGCAGAGAGAGCCGUGACAGGAUACACAGAUCCCCAGCUAGGCACUAAGAUCUCCCUAUUCCAGGCCAUAAGGAGUAAGGUAGCAGCCAAGGAGCACGGCAUCCGUCUGCUGGAGGCACAGAUCGCCACAGGUGGCAUCAUCGACCCCGUGCACAGCCACCGCCUGCCUGUGGAGGUGGCCUACCGGCGUGGCCAUCUGGACGGGGACACGUUCCUCCUGCUUUCUGAUCCCGACCAUGGCAGCAAAGGAUUUAUAGACCCAAAUGUCCACGAGAAAAGCAGCUACAGUCAGCUCCUGAAACGGUGUUCCAGAGACACGGACACAGGACUGUUCCUGCUGCCGGUCCUGGAGAAAGAAGAGGACUAUUUCUACAUCGAUGAGCAAACAAAGAAAGCGUUGAUGUCCACAAAGGUAGAGGUGUCCGUUGGGAAAUACAAAGGCAGCGAAUUAUCGCUGUGGGAACUUCUGUGCUCUGAGUACAUCACAGAAGAGAAAAGGAAAGAACUCGUGAAAAAAUACAAGGAGGAAUCCCACCACAUCGUACAGAGGAUCAUCGACAUCAUAUUGAAUAUCAUCAGAGAGAAAGAGCAACACAGAAGCGACGUUUGGUUCCAAGGCAUCAGACAACAAAUAACAGCGUCAGAACUUCUCAGUGCACAGAUAAUAACGGAAGAAACCAUGCAAAAACUCAAGGAAGGAAAAGAGACUGCAGAAGAAAUAGCACAGAAGGAGAACGUGAGACGAUACCUCGAGGGAACGGGCAGCAUCGCCGGCGUGCUGGUGCCCUCCAAGGCCGACCCCGCCAAGAUGGAGAAGAUGAGCAUCUACCAGGCCAUGUGGAAGGGCAUCCUGAGGCCGGGGACGGCCCUGGUGCUGCUGGAGGCGCAGGCGGCCACCGGCUUCAUCAUCGACCCAGUAAAGAACCAGAAGCUCUCCGUGGACGAGGCCGUCUCCUCCGGGCUGGUGGGCAGCGAGCUGCAGAAGAAACUGGUCUGUGCAGAAAAAGCAGUGACGGGAUACAGCCACCCGUGCACGGGACAGAAGAUGUCCCUCUUCCAGGCCAUGCAGAAGGAGCUGAUCGUCAGGGAGCACGGCGUCCGCCUGCUGGAGGCCCAGAUCGCCACCGGCGGCAUCAUCGACCCCGUGCACAGCCACCGCCUGCCCGUCGAGGCCGCCUACCAGCGGGGCUACUUUGACCGCGAGAUGAGCCGCGUCCUGUCCGACCCCAGCGACGACACCAAGGGCUUCUUCGACCCCAACACGCACGAGAACCUCACCUACAUGCAGCUCCUGCGCCGCUGCGUGCCCGACCCGGACACGGGGCUGCUGAUGCUGCAGCUGAUGGACAAGGGCUCGGUGCUCUACCAGCUGAGCGAGGACGCCCGCAGAGCCCUGCAGACCGCCCGCACCAGCGUCAGCGCGGGGCUCUUCCAGGGCCAGAGCGUCACCCUCUGGGAGCUCCUCUUCUCUCGCUACGUCCCCGACCGCCG